GCAAGGGAACGAAACAUGCGAACAAGGCAUGGGAACCUUACCCAGAAGGCAAGGCAACUGCUUUCUCGUCAUUGCCAUUGCCAUUGCUUCCGAGGUCCCGCUCCAUCUAUCCUUCUGGUAUGGCGGAGGAGACUUGACAAAAUUUCUGAUUGUGGGCCAUCGCAGUUUCGGCCACCAGCAGGCUGCUGCUCGGAACUGCUAAUUUACUUGCGACCCAACUCGUGUGAACAGCUACGGGCUCUCCGUCAGCUCCCGGCCUGUCGCUCUUCUACCGCGACCUCCACUUUCUUUUCUGGCUCCACCCCCAUUCAGGUGAACCGGGGCGAGUUGAAGGUGACUUGCAAGAGGGCGGAGGUUCAUCCCCAGUUCUACAAUGAGACUAAGGUUUAUUGUAACGGGGAGCUUGUGAUGACCACAGGCGGCACACAAAGUGAGUACGUGGUGGAUGUGUGGACAGGCAACCACCCCUUCUAUCAGGGCAACAAGUCUGCUCUUGUUCUCGACGCAGACAGAGUAGAGAAGUUUCGGCAACGGUAUGGAGGCAUUGGCUCCAUUCAGGAAAUUCCCACUCUACUAUCCGGUGAAGUAGUCUUUCAAAAGAAGAAGAAGGGACCGAUCAAGGGGGGCAAAGGAGGCAAGAAGUAGCACCCAAUAUCCUGAGGCAGAGCUUUUUUUAGGUUUAAUUCUCGAAGCAAUCAGAAUUUUCUAUUAUUUAGUUUAGUUCUUGUACGAUGUUUCACCAUUCUAGCCUAAACGUUACCGAUUUCUGGAUUCACAGAACAUGGACAUGCCGAUCUACCAGUUGUCUUUGUAGCAUACAAAUGGGUUGCAAUAGGCUCUAUGGAUUGUGGAGCUACGGUUGAUAUUCUCCAUUCAUAUUUACCUAUGCAAAAUUAUAUCCCCUGUGACUUCACAGCUCUCUGCUGUCUUUAUUCCUUUGUUUAUUUGACUGGCAUCUGUUCUACAUUA